AUGACUGUGGCUCAGUCUGGGCUCAGUGCCAGGAAGCAGACUGACAAGGCCUCCAUGCUAACCGGUACACUGAUAUAUCUCCGAUGUUUUUGUUUGUGUUGGUUUGUGUGUGUGUGUACAGUGCCGAAAGACGGCCUGAAGAGCCAGGCCGUUUUUGAUGAGAUCCGGAUGACGUAUAUAAAGGAGCUGGGAAAAGCUAUCGUCAAGAGAGAGGAGAACGCCAGUCAGAACUGGCAGCGUUUCUACCAGCUAACUAAGCUACUGGACUCCAUGCAGGAGAUGGUCGAGGGUCUUCUACAGAUCUGCUUCUACACCUUUGUGAAUAAAACCCUCAGUGUGGAAUUCCCAGAGAUGCUGGCGGAGAUCAUCACCAACCAGAUACCAAAAUUCAAAGAUGGGAGCGUCAAACCUCUGCUGUUUCAUCAGAAAUGACUGCCUUAAACUGUGAAUCAAUGCCUUAAAUCCUGCCCUGCACGCGUACCUCUCUGGGGCCCCAAGCAUUUGCUUAUUCUGCCUCUCCUUCAUCACUCAGAUUCAAUUCCUCGUUUUUUCCUGGGACCCCUCUAGGAAUUCUGCCACACCUUACCUUCCCCUCAGGCCUCAGCCAUUCAGCCUAAUCUCGGAGCACAAUACCUGUGGCCUCUAGCCCCCUAUUCCAGUCCUAGGUUUGCAAAACUUAAGUAGGAAAUCCUACCGCCGACUUGUAGCCCUUCCUCUUGGCUCGCCAGGAAGAAUUUGGCCUCUGAAUGUCUCUUGAGCAGGAUGCAUUUUAGGUAGUUUUUCCAGCCUCCUCACCUUUUCCUCCACCCGUGGCCCUGUCCUCAGAUCUCUAAUGCUUUCUUAUGAUGGCCGUCUGCCUCUUACUCUCUCCUGCCUCCAGAGUUUUACUUCAGUUUUCACAAAGAAGCCAACAAACACCUUUUCCCCCCCCGACGACAUGACACCUUAAAUACUUUAGAACUUGCCAGGAUUACCGGUUCAAGCCUAGCGUUCCUCUGCUCACCUGCCCAGCUUCUCUCUGUUUGCCCUCUCCCAGCUUCACUGCGCAGAGAAUGUUCGCUUGUUGGGGUUUCCAGAGGACGGUUGGUGAUGAAGAGGAAAAACAAAAACACACACGCACACACAACAAAAUUGGAAACACACAGGAAAGAACCUUAUUUUUCUUCUGGACCCAAGGACAGUAAGGACAAACUGUUUGCAGUUGUGAUUCAGUUAUUGUUUCGGAAAUUACUAGAAUCUGAUUUAUAUACCAGUGGAAGAAAAAAGAAAAAAAAACAACAAAAAAAAUAACCCCAACAACACAGCUAUAGGAACAGUCUCCAUUUAUUUUAUGCAGACACACCUUUCUGACCACACAAGCAGAAGUCACACUUGCACACACAUAUAGGAAAUAUAAGCAGACAAACUUUCGCUCAGCCAAAUGUUUACACAGGAUGUAUCUGAGGGAAAACCAGUGCCUUUUAGUUUUCAAGCUUUUCAUAGCCAUCCUUUCAAAACCUUUGUAUUUGCAUAAGAAUCUAAUGUUGACAACCUUCUACAUAUUUUAGCUGUUUUAGUUUUUCCACGCUGGCAAUUUCUGUUUUGUUUCCAAGCUGCCAUUUUUGGUGUUUUUAUUGUGGGAAGCUCUAACUCUCUCUGUUCCGAUUUCCAGAUGUGCAUGUAAGGAAGACAGCCUAUGGUACAGAUUAGAAAGUAUGAGAGCAGUAUGAAAUGUAUGAAAUCUUAUUUUUCAAGUCUUGAAAGGUUUGAUAAUCACUUUAAAAGAAAAAAAAAAAAAAAAGAAAAAAAAGAAAAGAAAAUUAUCCCCCAAAAAAGUCCCAAAACACAUUUUGUGUGUUGCUCUUUUAACCAUGUGAAGUAUAUUCAAUAUACAUACUGUAACUCCCAAUCAGUAUUAAAUUGCAUUGAAAGUUACAAUUCCCAGAUUGUAUCAACAAAUAUAACACAUAAAAAAUAA